AUGGCAGAUAAACAAAAGGUAGAUCUUGGCCUCCUCGAAGAGGACGAUGACUUUGAAGAAUUUCCCACCGAGAAUUGGGGGCCAGAAGCCGAUGCUGAGGAUGAAGAUGUGUCAGUAUGGGAGGAUAACUGGGAAGAUGAUAUCAUCCAAGAUGAUUUUAAUCAGCAAUUGAGGCAGCAAAUGGACAAGUUGAAGGAUCAGAAUAUGGAGUAG